AUGGAUACGACCAAGCCUUCAUCUCCUUCGUUGACUAACGAAAAGGAAGCCGGUACGGUGCAGAUUGUAGAGAACUCCAAUGUGUACAAUCCGCAUAUCGACAUCAGCGGCGUAGACGAGCGAAAACUCUUGCGGAAGCUUGAUAUUGCCUUGAUACCCUGGCUAUCUUUCUUGUACCUUCUAAGCUUCUUGGAUCGCACAAGCAUUGGGAACGCCAAGCUCUACAAUUUGGAGGAUGACUUGCACAUAUCUGACGACCAGUACCUCAUAGCGCUGACCAUUUUUUUCUUCAGCUACUCUAUUUUCGAGGUUCCCUCGAAUGUGUUUUUGAAACGCUUACGCCCGUCCAUAUGGCUGUCGGCUCUCAUGUUCCUUUGGGGUAUAAUGAUGACCGUCCAAGGCUUAGUGCACAAUUACGGUGGCCUCUUAGGGAUGCGUUGGAUGUUGGGAACAUUCGAAGCUGGCUUGUUUCCUGGUGUCAAUUAUUACUUAUCAUGCUGGUACAAACGGUCCGAGUUUGGCAUCCGGGCUGCCGUGUUCUUCUCCGCCGCAACCGUGUCCGGUGCAUUUGGAGGUUUACUAGCGGCAGCUAUAUCAAAUAUGGAGGGAAUUGGCGGAAAACCGGCUUGGGCUUGGAUCUUCAUCAUCCAAGGCCUCGCCACCGUCGUCGCGGGAUUCGCCUCGUUUUGGAUCAUCCAAGACUUCCCCGACACGGCCAAGUUCCUUUCAGAAGAAGAGAGAACUGUGGUUGUUCGGAGAUUGCAAGGAGACGAUCAGUUUAGCGCGGCCGGCGAAAAGUUAAGGAUGAAAUACAUCAUGCAGAGCUUACUCGAUUGGAAGACGUGGGUUGGGAUUGUGAUUUACAUGGGUUGCGAUAUGCCACUGUAUGCGUUCUCCCUAUUUUUACCGACCAUCAUCAAUGAGGCAAGUUUCGAUGCCACACCAGCAAAUCUGCUGACGGUUCCUGUCUAUGUGUGGGCUUGCAUCAUGACAUGUAUUGUAGGCUUUUUGGCUGACAGAUGGGGUCGACGUGGUUAUUUUAAUCUUCUUUCGCCCUCAGUACUAUAUAACUUAGGGGCUGCGGGUUACAUCAUUCUCAUCGCUUCGAGAAGCGCCGCACUAUCAUACUUCGCUGUAUAUCUUGCGACCUGUGGUAUCUAUCCCAUCAUCCGUGAUGCUUGGAUGUCCAACAACGUGGAAGGUUCCUACAAACGCAGUGUUUCUUUGGCGAUGGUGAUCAGCUUUGGAAACAUAAACGGCGCAGUCAGCUCUAAUGUGUACCGAGCCAAAGAUAAACCCCGGUACAUCCUUGGUACAAACUUAGGUCUUGUACUUAUGUACAUUGGCCUUGGCAUUAUCUUUUCCAUGAUCUAUCUGUUCUUUGCGAACAGAGAGAACAAGAAACGAGAGAGAGGGGAGAGGGACGAACUCAUCGGUGAUGAAGACGUACAAGGAGAUGAAAGCAACGGUCGGUUCGUUACAGUCGAAGCAGCCAAGAGGGAGAAAGGCGAUGCGUGGAGUGGAUAUAGGUACAUCCUAUAA